UUUGUCACACUUUCAGAAAAGAUUAGUAUUUACCCAAGAAAAACAAAAGAAAAAAAGUGCACUGUUCUCCUUCUUUCUCCCAGAAGUUGAGUGAAGCAGAGUUCAAGUGCAGGGAGGUGCAAGCCAAGCUUGCUUAAUCGCACGCACGCGUUGAGCGUUGAGGCUCAAUUGGGUUUCGAGAAGAACCUGCGAGAAUGAGAAGGUAGAACUUUUCGAGUCGCAGAGCGUCGAUUCGCAAAAUGGCGAAGGUUGAAAGCAGCAGCAGCAUUAGCAUGAGCAUGAGCCGCGUGGUGCUGGAGCCCCACGCGCAGUUCGACCUCACGGCCCACUCACGCGCCAGCUCCAUUCGAUCCCUCGCAAUCGCCCACUCGAAACGACACCAUACGACUCUUUUCUACGUUGGAACUCACUCCGGAACUCUCUUUUCCCUCUCCGCCGAAGAUUCCAACUACACCGACGACGACGCCGUUUUGCGCAAGCUCUCCUUCCUAAGAAGCGUUUCGGUCAGCGACACCGCCGUCGAGUCCAUUUCGGUCAUCGAAGAGUUCGGGAAGCUUCUGCUGCUCUCCGAUGGGGCUCUGUUCUUGGUCGAUUCCGAGCUCUCAAAUGGCGCCACGAAAUUGAGUUUCCCCAAGGGGGUUUCGUUGGUCACGAGGAGAAGGUUCAGGAACAACGGCGGUGGAGAAUCUGAGGGUUUCGGUUCAGGUUUAGGUUCAGGUUCGGGUUUAGGGUUGUUUCAGAAAUUGAGAAUGAACUCAAUGAAGGAGGUUGAUGUGCAGAGUGAGACAGGUGGUGGAUUUGUUUUUGCAGUUGUUGUUGGUAAGAGGCUGAUUCUAGCGGAGCUUGUUUUGGGGAAUAGGAAUGGGAAAACUGAGAGGGAUGAUGGUGGUGGUGGUACUCUUGUGAUUUUGAAGGAGAUUCAGUGUGUUGAUGGGGUUGUUAGUGCCAUGGUGUGGCUCAAUGAUUCUAUAGUUGUUGGUACUGUGAAUGGGUACAGCUUGAUUUCCUGUGUGACUGGGCAGAAUAGCGUGAUCUUCUCGUUGCCAGACGUGUCACGGCCGCCCAGGUUGAAGCUCUUGCACAAGGAGUGGAGGGUGCUGUUGUUGGUGGACAAUGUGGGGGUUAUUGUUGACCCCCACGGGCAGCCCGUGGGGGGGAGUCUGGUGUUCCGGCACGGCUUGGACUUGGUGGGGGAGAUUGAUUCCUAUGUGGUGGUUGUGAGUGAUGGGAAGAUUGAGUUAUAUCAUAAGAGGCAUUGUGGUUGUGUUCAGGUGUUGCCCUUUGGCGGGGAAGGGGUUGGGCGAUGUGUUGUUGCCAGCGAGGAAGAUAGGGGUGGGAGGCUUGUUGCUGUUGCAACUGCUACCAAGGUAGUGUGCUAUCAGAAAUUACCUUCAGUGGAACAAAUAAAAGACCUUCUGAGGAAGAAGAACUAUAAGGGAGCCAUAUCCUUGGUGGAGGAGCUUGAGUCAGAAGGUGAAAUGUCAAAAGAUUUGCUCUCGUUUGUUCAUGCUCAAGUGGGAUUUCUCUUGCUUUUUGACUUACAUUUUAAAGAAGCAGUGGACCACUUCUUGCUUUCUGAGACGAUGCAACCUUCUGAAGUAUUCCCAUUUAUAAUGCGAGAUCCAAAUCGCUGGUCCUUACUGGUUCCUAGGAAUAGGUAUUGGGGUUUGCAUCCUCCACCAGCCCCUCUUGAAGAUGUAAUAGAUGAUGGCUUGAUGACAAUCCAAAGAGCUUCUUUCCUGAGGAAAGCAGGCGUAGAAACAAUAGUAGAUAGUGACCUUUUUCUCAAUCCAGCGAAUAGAGCUGAUUUGUUGGAGUCAGCAAUCAAGAAUAUUAGCAGGUAUUUGGAGGCCUGUCGAGAAAAAGACCUAACGGAAUCAGUCAGGGAGGGAGUUGAUACUCUACUAAUGUAUCUGUAUAGAGCUUUAAAUUCUGUCGAGGACAUGGAGAGGCUGGCUUCUUCUAUAAACUGGUGUGUUGUGGAGGAAUUGGAACAAAUGCUAGAAGAGUCUGGGCACCUACGGACACUUGCCUUCCUAUGUGCAAGUAAAGGAAUGAGCUCAAAAGCUGUGCAUAUUUGGCGCAUCCUGGCACGAAAUUAUUCAUCCGGCCUCUGGAAAGACCCUUCUUUGGAGAAUAUUACACAGAAUAGUGGGGAAAACCUUAUUUCUGGCAGGGCAAUUGCUGCAGCUGAAGCUUCAAAGAUUCUUGAGGAAUCAUCUGACCAAGAAUUGAUUCUACAACAUCUAGGAUGGAUUGCAGAUAUCAGCCAGGUUCUUGCAGUCAAUGUUUUGACUUCAGACAAACGAGAGAUCCAGCUUUCUCCUGAUGAAGUUGUUACAACUAUUGAUCCGCAGAAGGUUGAAAUUUUACAGAGGUAUCUUCAGUGGUUGAUUGAAGACCAGGACUGUAAUGAUACACAGCUGCAUACAUUGUAUGCCCUCUCACUUGCCAAAUCAGCAAUCAAAGCCUUUGAAUCCGAAAAUAUUUCUGAGAAUCUUGAUAGUGGAAAUAUAGGGACAAGAAGUUUGGCCAUGUUGAAGAACUCAAUCUUUAAGAUUCCUGUCAGGGAAAGAUUACAGAUAUUUUUGCAGUCCUCAGACUUGUAUGAUCCAGAAGAAGUUCAUGACUUGAUUGAAGGAUCAGAAUUGUGGUUAGAAAAGGCUAUUCUGUAUAGAAGACUGGGGCAGGAGACUUUGGUCCUCCAAAUUUUGGCUUUGAAACUGGAAGACAGUGAAGCUGCUGAGCAAUAUUGUGCUGAGAUAGGAAGAGCUGAUGCAUAUAUGCAGUUGCUUGAAAUGUAUUUGGAUCCACAAGAUGAUAAGGAUCCUAUGUUUACUGCUGCUGUUCGCCUUCUCCAUAAACAUGGAGAAUCACUAGAUCCAUUGCAAGUUUUAGAGAAACUGUCUCCAGAUAUGCCGCUUCAACUUGCUUCUGAUACUUUACUAAGAAUGUUCAGGGCCAGAGUUCAUCAUCAUCGUCAAGGACAGAUUGUGCAUAAUUUAUCUCGUGCCGUAGACAUUGAUGCAAGAUUGUCAAGAUUGGAGGAGAGGUCAAGGCAUGUACAGAUUAAUGAUGAGAGUCUCUGUGACUCCUGUGAUGCACGCCUUGGUACGAAGCUAUUUGCAAUGUAUCCUGAUGACUCCGUUGUAUGUUACAAGUGUUACCGCCGUCAAGGUGAGUCAGUGUCUGUCUCAGGUCGCAAUUUUAAGGAAGACAUCCUAAUUAAACCGGGUUGGCUCGUGAGUCGUUGAUCUCAAACCUUAGAUGUUACGUAUGUAUUUCUUGGUUGAAUCCCAGAAGUUGCCAUUCCUUAUACCAAAUCCAAAUUCAUUCAAAAUUGGGAAAAGGAAAUGCGUCAAUAAUCUCUCGGGCUACAUAAUUAACUUAAAACCAUCAAGUGUGUGUUUGCGUCAACGUCCGGUUUGACACAAUGGAGAAGCAACUAGGCUGUUGCUUUGGCGUUUGUCUCGAAAUGUGUUUUUUCCUUCAACGUGGUCUAAACAAUUUGCCAAACACAGCUAAGUAUCAGCUUCUAACCCCCACACCAAGAGUAAAGUUCAUAUAGUUAUUACCCCAUGAUGGUACCGUAAAUGGCUGCUGAGUUCUCCAUUGUACUCUCCCCCCGCCCCUCCCCCGCAAAUUGCUUUGUAAAUUUGAUGAUUUAAAAUGUAAAUUUUGCACAUAAUAAUGAGCUCAUUUUCCGUUGUAGUUCUUAUGAAACUCGUUUGCAGCGUUCAAUAUUUAGGAGUAAUAGGUGAAGUAUUUUCAAA